AUGUGCGGAUGGACGGCGUCCGCAGCUCAUCUCUGUCCUGACGCGGCUGUGAGCGCCCCCCCGCCCGCCUCCCUCACCCUGGCAUGCUUGGCCCUGCUGGUGGUCAGCGCCGGCCCCGCCGCGGGGGCCUGCCCGCCCAGGGCCGGACACCAGCCCCUCCAGGUGCUGGCCGGCAGCUCCAACUGCUCCUGGACGCUGGAGAGGCACACGCGCAGUUACAAUCACUUGGAGGGUGACGUCAGACUCCGGCGGCUGUACUCCGCCAACAAGUUCUUCCUCUGCAUCGACAAGACGGGAAAAGUGGACGGCACCCGGCGAAAGAACUACGCCGACAGCUUGAUGGAAAUCCGAUCUGUCAGCGUGGGAGUUGUUGCCAUCAAAUCUGUCAGCAACGGGCUGUAUUUAGCAAUGUCCAAGAAAGGCACGCUCUUCGGAUCGGUGAAGUACAACCCGAGCUGCAGGUUCAAGGAGCGCAUCGAGGAGAACGGCUACAACACCUACGCCUCCCUGCGCUGGAAGCACGGCGGCAGGCAGAUGUUCGUGUCGCUGAACGGCCGCGGGAAGCCCCGGCGGGGUCACAAGGCCCGCCGGAGGCACCCGUCCACUCACUUCCUGCCCAUGCUCCCGUCCUAGGCGCCCGGGGCCUGAACUCUGACCGGCAGCUGGACAGCUCCCCCGCUGCCUCACGCUAGUCCUGAGCUAGCCGUGACAGCGAUCUUUCAGUUUCUUGUUUCCUCACCCACUUGUCACAUAAAAAAAAUGUACAUUUCCUGAGGUUUGUAACAUUUGUAGUUAGUAUAAUAUGUACUUUUAAGUUAUUUUCUGCAUUUUUCUAAUGAUGUUAAUAUAAAACAUUGCAGUCCAAUAGAGUAAAACUAUAUAAUCAUCUGCAUCUGUCAGGUUACACAAUCCUCCUGUGUGUACUUUGUAUGUAAGGCAGAAGACAAAAUGACAAGCAACUUUUAAAUAGUUGCAAAUUUAAAGUAAAUCUGCGACAACAAACAGCAGACGUUCAGCUAUAAAUUUAAGAUUAAUAAGAGUUUUUUCUGUUUUCUUUCAAAUUGCAUGUCUACCCCAACAAAUCUUUAAAUACUGGAUUCACAAAUAGGAAAUAACUAUGUCUGGAUACCAAAUAUAAAUUGAUGCACUUCAUGCGUGUUUGGAGAAUUGACCAUAACAGACAGAUAUAAGCAUAAUUUCAAUCUUUGUUACCUCCAUUUGGUUUUUGUGAAGAACAAUAAAUUGUUGGUCAUGAAGGGAACAAACUCCAAUUAACACCCGCCGACAGUUUUUUUCCUUUUUUUGUGGAAUGAAGUGACACUACUGGACAAAACAUGCAUAUUUCCCUAUUUGUGUCCACACCAGUGUGAUGAAAUCAUUUCUGAACUUGAAAGUCUAAUUUACAAACUCUUCUGUCUGAAUAAGUUGGAAAAAAAACUAAGAUAAUUACAGGGAUACCCAGCUGAUUUUUCCGAUUGGCCUUUAGUAUAUUUCUGCAUGUUUCUGUCGAUCCACACAAACCCGACGGUUAGGUUAGAAAACGGUGCCUGUAAUUUCACAUUGUGCAGCCUCAGACACUUAGUCUUUAGAGCAGUUGGGGAAAAAAAGGUAUUUCCAUUUCAAGUCAUGCACUGAACGUUAGCAGCUCCAUUAAUUUCGUACUUGGUAGUAAAGGGUUUAAUAUGAACAACAUCCCUGUCAGCACUCUCUAACAGUAGACAACACACCUGUUGCUCAUAGAUCAUUUAAUAUAUUUAAAACGUUUUGUACUCUUUUAACUGUAUGGAUUUUAUGUUUAUUGUUAUUGCGGACUUUUCUGUUGGACUGAGGGGAAAAACGUUGUAUCUGAGGGUGUAUUCAGCCCUUUUUUUGUGAGGUAUUCGUACUGAAUAUUAGUGCAUUUAUAGUCAUACACAAUGUUGGCUGUUGGCCAGUAAAAGGUGGGUUUAUGCUGUAUAAAGUAUGAGAACAAACAGUCCCGAGAUCCGUUUCAGUUAAGUCAUUUGAGUGCCUUGGUCCAUGCUGAGUUUGGUAAACCUCAAUAAAAUGUGGAUAAUUCAUGAA